GCAAGUUUCAAUAGAUAACUUGUGCUCUGAAGCAAACGGUACGCGUUGCCAACAUUUUCGUCCGCCGAGUCGACUUAAAAAACUGAAUGUUGUGCACCCCUGCUGCGGCGCGCGAAACAGAAACCUUUAGAACUGACUGCGUGAAAAUUAAACAUUUUCACUGUGCUGUAUUGAAAUAUAAUAAACUGUAUCGUAAACUGUGAAAUCGGACUUCAGUUGGCUCGUAGAGUCGCUGUCUAAGCAUUCACAAAUAAAUGCAAAAUAGACUAUUUCAAGUGAUGUGUGACUUUUUUAAGUGAAUUUCAAAUAUUUGAACUUGUAGUAUAAAUAAAAGGAACUAUAGUGGUGUUUACCAGAGACUUUUACCCUGCCCUGACUACAGAGGACAAUUUUUAGUAUAUAAAAAGUAAACAAGUGAAUUAUCCAAGAUGAGUUUCAACAAGAACAACCCCAACGCCGUGGGGAAGAUCAUGGGAUAUCUCAAACAGCUCUCCACAGAAAUGGGUGGAAACGAACAAAGCCGACGUGUCCAGCCGGACGAGGAACGGUUGUACCGUUCAACUACUCGCGGUGCCAAAUACGCGAGAGUUCCUUCACGGCCAUCGCUUUCAGCGUCCACGACCUGCACAUCCCUAGCAACAUCCUGUGGCUCCCAAGGGAACCUUGCCCCCAACUACGAAACCAUCCCAGAGAUUGUGUCCACCGAAAGCAGCAGUGAGGACGAACAAGACUCAUUUGAGAAUACCCGUCGACAUUUCCAACAACUACGCCAAAUCAGUCUGGGGAACGAAUUCAAAUACAAAAUGGAGAUGGAGAUAAAGAGCGCCAAGGAGGAAAACAUACGCAAUUCUGUGCCUUUCGUCAAACAACUAAGCACGGAGAGCAGUAAAGCUAAACCUGAUCCUAAUUUCUCAAUCAACGGAGAUGCCCAACCUUACGGACCCACCACUCAGCGUCUCUUUCUGUGGACACAGAUUUUCGCGGCCUUCGCUGUGUCAAUGGGAUCCAUGAUUGUUGGAUUCACGUCAGGCUACACAUCUCCUGCUCUGCUUAGCAUGAAUGAGACGUUAUCAAUUACAAAAGAUGAGGGUAGCUGGAUUGGAGGAUUGAUGCCUUUGGCCGCUUUGGUGGGCGGCAUCGCUGGUGGGCCUUUAAUCGAGUUCGCCGGACGAAAGCUUACCAUUAUGUGCAUAUCGAUUCCAUUUUUCAUCGGCUGGAUGCUGAUUGCAAAUGCAGCUAAAGUCGCAAUGGUGUUCGCUGGUAGAGCUCUCUGUGGCGUUUGCGUUGGAAUCGGAAGUCUCGCGUUUCCAGUAUAUGUUGGAGAAACAAUACAACCUGAAGUACGAGGCGCCUUAGGACUUUUACCAACAGCGUUCGGUAACAUUGGAAUCUUGCUCGCAUUCUUUGUUGGAAAUUUCCUGAACUGGUCAAACUUAGCCUUUUUCGGAGCAGCGUUACCAGUUCCAGUAUUUUUGUUAAUGAUAAUCGCGCCAGAGACACCAAGAUGGUAUAUUUCGAAAGGCCGAGCUGAUGACGCCCGAAAGUCUCUGCAAUGGUUACGAGGAAAGAAUGUGGAUACUGAGAAGGAAAUGAGGGACCUGAUGCGGUCGCAAGCUGAAGCGGAUCUUACAAAGGGAAGCAAUACAUUCGCUCAGCUGUUUUCAAAGAAAUAUCUUCCGGCGGUACUGAUCUCUCUGGGCCUUAUGUUAUUCCAGCAAUUGAGUGGGAUUAACGCCGUAAUCUUUUAUUCUUCUGAAUUGUUUUUAAUGGCUGGCAGCACGUUGGACAAAGACAUGUGUAGUAUCAUCAUUGGCGUUGUUAACUUUGUGUCGACAUUCAUUGCAACCGCCAUCAUUGACCGUUUAGGAAGAAAAAUUCUACUAUACGUCUCAUCUGUUUCAAUGAUUACAACAUUAACUAUUCUUGGAUCUUAUUUAUAUAUUAGAGAUAUGAAAGUCGACGUCAGCAGCUACGGAUGGUUGCCAUUGGCUUGUCUUAUGAUAUAUGUGUUGGGUUUCUCUAUUGGAUUCGGUCCCAUUCCAUGGCUGAUGUUGGGUGAGAUCUUACCGUCCAGGAUUCGAGGGACAGCUGCAUCACUGGCUACAGGCUUGAACUUUACAUGCACUUUCAUAAUUACUACUUCUUUCCACAAAAUUGUACAAUGGAUCAAUAUGUCUGGGGCAAUGUGGUUAUACUCAGCAGUUUGUAUAAUUGGGCUGCUAUUUGUGAUAUUCUUCGUGCCGGAGACUAAGGGCAAGAGUUUAGAAGAAAUUGAAAAGAAACUGACGGGUGGGUCACGAAGAGUACGCAGUCACAGCAGCAGUAAGCCAGUGGUUAAUGGCUGUUAGUCACAAUAUUAUCGCGUACGUUACGCGUUGUGAAAUACAUUCCAGAAAGCAGGGCCUGCAGGUCCUGCUUUAGAAAGGUAUAAGAAAUUAGCUUAAAAUCAUGUGAAGAAAGUAUGGCAUUGCAAACUUUUGCCGUACACGUUGAAGACUGAUUUGGAUUGUAUUCAUAGAAUGAACCUUGUAAAUAUAGAAAGUCAAUAGAAAUAAUAUUUAAGUGAUAAAUAGUUCCUCCUUAUCGUUAAUACUAGCAAUUAUACAUUUAUUUUUAAUAUUUUUAUUGUAAUUAAAAAUAGCGGACAUUUAGAUCAUUGGCCCAGUACUAUUGUGAGGUACAUAUAUUAGGUGUAUUAAUGAUGAAAAUUAUUAUUAAUAGUAAUAAAAUGAUUUAGAUAAAUGGUUUAUUUGUAUAUUAUAUACUUUACAAUAAUAUACACACGUGAUCUGUACAACGUAAUUUUAAAUUAUAUAAUAUUCAUGUGUAAUAAAAUCUUAUCAUGACAAAUAUUUUUAUAACCAAACCCUAUUUUGUGAUUUAGUCAAUAGAAUAUUAGCAAAAUCAUUAGCAUAAGAAACCACAAAAAUGGCUCCGUAUAUUACGGACGUCAUAUUUAUUUAAUUUGUUAUAUUUUAAUAUAAAAAUAUCAAACUAA